AUGGUGCUCUCCUUCAUUCUGAUACAGAAUCGCCAAGGGAAGACACGGCUGGCGAAAUGGUAUGCGCCGUACAGUGAUGAAGAGAAAGUCAAGCUGAAGGGCGAGGUCCACCGCCUCAUCGCGCCCCGCGACCAAAAACAUCAAUCCAACUUCGUCGAGUUCCGCAACAUGUCCAAGAUUGUGUAUCGGCGGUACGCUGGACUAUUCUUCUGCGCAUGCGUAGACACAAACGACAACGAGCUGGCGUAUCUCGAGGCCAUACACUUUUUUGUCGAGGUGUUGGAUGCGUUCUUUGGGAACGUGUGUGAGCUGGACUUGGUGUUCAACUUCUACAAGGUCUAUGCCAUUCUCGACGAGGUGUUCCUUGCGGGCGAGAUUGAGGAGACAAGCAAACAGGUUGUUUUGACGCGGUUGGCUCACUUGGAUAAGCUGGAGUGAACUGGGUAGUGGUUGAGUAAAGGGACGCUGUGGAAGGAGCGGACACAAACUAUGGCAACGCCUCAGACCAAUAAUUGGCUACAAUAACAACGGUCACUGGGCCUGGGCUCAGAGUUACAUAUGGAGGAGGCGAUGACCCCCCAUUUCAGCAG